CCUCCUUCGGGGCGGCGCGGGAGGGCUCGGUCAGCGCUCCGCGCCUGUCGGCGGUGCGCGAUCAUGGCGAGCCUCUUGCCAUCGCUGGCCGCUGUCGCCCGCCGCCGCCUCCUCCUUCUGCCCCCUUUACCCCCAGGUUUGGUGGCGGCGCGGCGCGGCAGCUCGGUGCUGCCCGCUGCCCUAGUGCGCCGGGGCGGCUUGGUGGGCGGCCAGUGGGUGGAGACGCCCGCCGCUUUCCCCGUACAGGACCCGGCCAGCGGCCAGGAGCUGGCCCGGGUGUCCGACUGCGGGACGGCCGAGGCGAGAGCGGCCGUGCGGGCCGCGCAUGAGGCCGGCGCCCUAUGGAGCCGCCUGCCCGCCAAGGAGAAGAGCGUGCGCCUACGGAGAUGGUACGAGCUGAUGAUCGAGAACAAGGACGAGCUGGCGAGGAUCAUAACAGCCGAGAAUGGGAAGCCCCUGAAAGAAGCACAGGGUGAAAUCCUGUAUUCUGCCUCUUUUCUGGAGUGGUUUGCAGAAGAAGCUCGCCGGGUUUACGGUGAUGUCAUUCCAGCAUCUGCAAAAGACAGAAGAAUGCUGGUGCUGAAGCAGCCAGUAGGAGUAGCAGCCGUUAUAACCCCAUGGAAUUUCCCCAGUGCUAUGAUUACACGGAAGGUUGGUGCAGCUCUGGCAGCUGGCUGUACGGUGGUGGUGAAACCAGCAGAGGACACACCUUUAUCAGCAUUAGCUCUUGGGGAGCUUGCAAACCAGGCUGGAAUUCCAGCAGGAGUGUAUAAUGUUGUUCCUUGUUCCAGACAUCAGGCAGCAGCUGUAGGAGAAGUUCUGUGCACUGAUCCACUGGUAGCAAAAAUAUCUUUUACUGGUUCUACAGCAACAGGAAAGAUACUGCUGAAACAUGCAGCUGGCACUGUGAAGCGAGUUUCCAUGGAGCUUGGAGGACAUGCUCCUUUUAUAGUGUUUGACAGCGCCAAUGUGGACCGUGCUGUUGCAGGAGCCCUUGCUUCCAAGUAUAGAAACUCAGGGCAGACCUGUGUUUGCACAAACCGUUUCCUGGUGCAAAAGGGAAUCCAUGAUAAGUUUGUGGAGAAGUUUGCUAAAGCUAUAGAGAGCGAACUGCACGUUGGAAAUGGAUUUGAUGCAAAAACUACCCAAGGGCCACUAAUUAAUGAAAAAGCAGUGGAAAAGGUAGAGAGACACAUUAGUGAUGCAGUUUCUCAAGGAGCAUCUAUUGUGACUGGAGGGAAACGACACAGGUUGGGGAAGAAUUUCUUUGAGCCCACGUUACUUAGUAAUGUUACAACAAAAAUGCUUUGCACCCAAGAGGAGACAUUUGGCCCUUUAGCACCAGUUAUCAAAUUUGAGACUGAAGCAGAAGCUGUUGCUAUAGCAAAUGCUGCUAAUGUGGGUUUAGCAGGAUAUUUCUACUCACAAGAUCCAGCUCAGAUCUGGAGAGUUGCAGAACAUCUGGAAGUUGGAAUGGUUGGUGUCAAUGAAGGCAUAAUCUCCUCAGUGGAGGGUCCUUUUGGUGGGGUAAAAGAGUCUGGCUUAGGGCGAGAGGGUUCAAAAUACGGCAUAGAUGAAUACUUAGAAAUCAAGUAUGUCUGCUUUGGAGGCUUAUAAAAAAUUUCAGAAAGCAGCUUGGGAAAGAAAGAGUGCUGUAGUUUUAAAUAAGCUUCCUCAACCAGAAGUACCCACACCUGAAUGCGACUUCCACCUUCUUUAAGCAGUCCUGUUCUGUAUGUGUAGCGAUAACUGCCAUAUUCUGUGUCGCCAUACGUUUUUACAUGUUCCUUAUUUAUGCAUUCAGGUUUUCAGCACUGUGCUCACAAUGUCCAUCAUUUUUAGUACAGACUAAGGGAGAAAGCACAUAUUAUUAUUCCUGGAUUACCUCUGUGUAACUGGGAGCAUUUGGAGACUUGCCCAUAAUGAAAAUAGAUCAUAACCUAUGGCAAGGGGAAACGAGAGCACCAUUUUCCACUGCCUCCAGUGUUUCAGUGUGGAUGGGGGGAGGCUUUGAGGAUGGCAAUCUCCCUUUAGAAUUUUGUGUAAAUACUCAAAAAUUUCUAAUGUGGAUAUGUGACCUUUUAGAAGCAGGUGUGUCUUUGCUUUUAAUUGUGGGAGAAUAUGCUACUUGUGGAAGGUGAGGAAUUGCUCUUAGCUACAGCUAGGCAUCCAUACAGGCAAAUAGCUUUUAAAGUGCACAUUAAUGCUGGCUGCAGAGCUGCUACUUGAUCACCUUUGGGCUUCUGAGACAAGAGUUUUCAUUUGUGCCUAACAGCUUUCAUGUCUGGAAUUAAACAUGGCCCUUGUUUGAUGUUUGUGAGCCUCAGCAGUCCUGGGAACAAGAGAGUCGAGGACCAGGCAGGAUAAAGAUGGAAGGCUUACUUGCAGGACUAACUUGCUAAAAGCUGUAAGGGCUCUGUGAAGGAAGCACAAGUGGUGACAUGAUGCUAGACAAACUCCCUUCCAUGAAAAGAAUGUGACUUACACUUCUUGAGUAGAAGUAUAGCCACUGAUGGAAAUACCGCUCAGUAUCAAAAGCAUUACUCACCACUUACAAAGAACAUGAGCAGAUAGCUUUUUCUGUUCCCAUGGGCUUUGUGCCUUGAGUUGAAUUUGUGGUUACACAGGUGAAUGAAUGUCUGUUAGGGAAGAAGGUUUAAAAACCUUUGAACUUGGAACAUAAUAAAGAUUAAAAUAGAUUAGAGGAGAGCUUUCUACACUAUUUUGUCAUCUUCUAAAGAUAAUGUCAAGCUUCCUUAAUAUGAAAUAAGCAAUGCUGAGAAAACUUUAUUUUAAUGUCAAUCAAAAGAAGCACUUUCUAAAAGUGUGCAGUGUUAAUGUGGCCAAUGAAUCAUCACUGCAGAGGCUAAAGGGAAAGAAUUCUGUUUCCUGUCUCAGAUAACUUUGUUUGGUGGGGCUUUAAGCCAUUCAUUAUUAAACAUAAUUCAAAGAAGGCAACAGAGUUCUUUACACUAAUGAAUGUACCCUAUGAAAUGGGCUAUUUCAGGAUAUUUUAUCCAGUCAUGCAAAGAGGUACCAGGUAACACUAGAUUUGGGGAUGGGGAUCAGUAAAGCAAGCUAGAACUGAGUUUCACAGGGCUUUUUAAAGCGCACAUAAGGUAGCAUUGACUGCUACUGAACAAAUAUUUAGAAACAAUUAAUUAUGGCUAUAUUUAACACUUGAGACCAGGUGGGUCAGGAGUACAGUAUCUGUUAGCAGAGUGUGUGUGCAUUGUGGCUACUGAAGGUCAGUUAAAGGACAUUUACUGCCUUUCAGGCAGUAGUUUUCAGUGUACCAAAAUUGCACAUUUAAGAUGGCAAGGACUUAAUACUGUUACCAGUUGCAGCAUAUGUGCUUGCUGGCAAGAAUAAAAGAAGUAUGGCCUAUUUCUACACUAGUUGCAAGAAACUUUCUUGCAGCCAGCUUCUGAGUUUGCACAAUUGUGUGCAGAGGCUGCCUGAAUUCAGAGAAUACAGUGUUGUGGAAGAGGAAACUGUUUGCCAGCCUUGGCUGCCAGUACACAUGGAAAGAGUCACUAGGUAGAAGAGGGUCAUAAGCUGGUGCCUAGGUACCACAAUUCAGUGAUGCAAGCACACUUAGAGGUAUUGUGCACCACUAAAAUAGCUGCCACUGAAAUGGCACAGACUUAGAAUAUUUCUGCCUGUGAAGUACAGUGUAAAGUUAAUUGCUGUAAGACUGCAGUCCUGAAUAUUGGUGCAAUUGGACCAUAAAUACUUCAACUCACUGCUCAAUUUAUUGUGAAGGUACUAAUUUGAUGCAUUGGUCCAAUUAAAAUCUUUGUCUUUUCUGAGAAUAGCACUGUCAAUGAGUAAAUGUUUACUUUUUUUUCCUGCCAAAUAAUAACUUUUACUAUGUCUGGUAACAAGCAAGAGCUGUACUUAAAGAUUAGGUAUGUAAAGAACUUUGAGUACCUUUGUCUAGAUUGGAUGGUGGUUGGAUUCCAGCACAGUACCCUUGUGUCAGCAAGGUUUACAUCAGUAAAGCACAGAAUAAUGUUAGUUGUCUUCAUAGCAAAAACUGUGAUUCUUCAAAAGAUAUACUUGAAUUCUCACACCUUAGUUAUGUUGGUUAUACUUGUGAUAGUUCAUCAAUUUCUGGAUAUUAAACCUGUGAUGAAAAAAUGUUUUCAGCUAAUAAAUUACUUCUGUGAAAA